AUGCCGACACCCUACGAGCUUGACCGCGAAAAGAGGAUCGCGGCGAACAAAGCUCUUCUUGCUGGUCUUCAUAUCCAGGAAGCCAAGAGGCAAGUCUUCGGCGACCAGCCCAAGCCUGCGAAAUCCGCACCCGCUCCCAAGAAGUCCAAGGUGCGCAAGCGCAAGACUCCUCCGCCGUCGGAUAGCGCGGACACGGAUGGUGAAGAGGCGAAACCGGUUGUGAAGGCUGUCCGCGUGGAUGAGAGCGGGCUGAGGAGGAGCUCGAGAAAUGCGGGGAAGAGUGUGGAUUAUACCAAGGAGAAGGUCGGGGACCCGGUGCAGACCGUGGUGCGCCACAAGGGAGAGGGCAUCGACAGGGAACCGAGCAAGAUGUCCAAGCGUGUGCAUAACCCCAAGACGUUCGGUUCUAUACCGGGAGUGCAGGUCGGUGACUGGUGGCAGACAAGGGAAGACUGCAGCGUGGCUGCUAUACAUGCACCGUGGGUGGCCGGGAUCGCCGGAGGACCCAAGGGCGCCUAUUCCCUCGCCCUUUCGGGCGGGUACGAGGACGACGUUGAUCUUGGAGAGGGAUUUACCUACACUGGUGCUGGCGGUCGCGAUCUGAAGGGUACAAAGAAGAACCCGAAGAACCUUCGUACUGCUCCCCAGAGCUGUGACCAGACAUUCGAGAACAAUAACAACAAAUCCCUCCGUAUCUCUUCGGAGACAAAGAAGCCCGUGCGCGUGAUCCGCGGAUACAAGCUACACUCUGAGUACGCGCCUGUUGAAGGCUACCGCUACGAUGGUUUGUACACCGUCGAGAAGGCGUGGCAGGAGCCAGGAAUGAACCCCGGAGGUUAUUUGGUCUGCAAGUUCGCGCUCAAGCGCAUUCCGGGUCAGCCGCCGCUUCCUACUCGUCCGUUAGCGUUGGACGAAGCUGGCGAAGACGGAGCUGAAGACGAGGACGAGAGUGAGGCCGGAGCUGAGGCUGACGAGGAUGUGAAGGAGGAGGUGGCCGCUUCCGACGCCGAAGCUGUCGGCAAUGUCGAUGGCGAGACUGAGGCGAAUGACGCCAAGCCUGCUCAGGAUGAAGAGGCCGUCGGUACUGCGCCUAAGGACGAGGUCGAGGAGGCUUGA